AUGAAGUUCUUGAAGAGAUCAGGUGGGUCUUCCAGGGGUGUCACAAAGAGCACUCGGGAGGACAUCGGCACACAACCAUCAUUGGACCGGUCUUUGGGUCCGAAAGCGAGAUUGCCCUCCACCAUCACGAGCAGUGAGAGAACCUCUAACCGAUCCAUUUUGUCUGGUUCCAAAAACCUGGGUUCUCAGUCUUCCAUAUUGGAUGCUACUACUGGAGUAGGCAUGACCGCCUCCUCGAGUCUCCUCAGGUCAUCCAACUCAUCGGAACCGAAACGGACGGCUUCUGUACGACGAUCAUUUAUCCCGGUGAAUGGAAGCGCGGAUGUAGCAGUGGACUCUUCCAUUGUGAAGGCUGCUCCCUUGAGAAAUUCAAGGACAAUUGACAGACAAAGCAAAUACAAUGCCUUUAUGUCGAGCAAACUUCGGUUUGACAUGCUGGGCUUGGUUGGAAGAAUAGAAGAGCAGCAGGUGCUUUUUGAGGCGCUUGACCGGGCGUACAAUGGUUCCCGAGAGCUCAUUUUCAUCAGUGGAGAGAGUGGAGCUGGAAAGACAGCCUUGGCUGGUUGUCUAAAAAAGAGGAUUAAACUGAAGAACGAUGAAGGUGCCUUUGUUUCUGGAAAGUUCAACCCAGAAGAUCAGACAGGAGUUCCAUACCGGGCCAUUGCUCAUGCGUGUUCACAAAUCCUCCAGGUUAUUUAUCUGGGGAGAACAGGGAGUGAGAAGCACAAGGAGCGAUUUGUAGCUGUGAAAACAGAAAUCAAGGAAAAAUUUGGAGACAUCAAUGAAGGCAAGGUUCUGGGGGCCUUAAUCCCUGAACUAAACCACAUGUUGUAUGACAGGUCUGCAUCAGACAACUCUGAUGACGUCUCCAGCAUUGGAUCCAGUGUCAAUUCAAUCCACGAACAAGAAUCCGGUCAUCUCCUUGGAAAUGAACAGCAGAAGGCGCGAUUCACCCAUGCCUUUCGGACAUUCUUCCAAAUUGUUAAUGCUGCUAUCCAUCCUCUUUGUGUGGUGUUAGAUGACAUGCAUUGGUCAGACUCUGCAUCGGUUGAAUUGCUAGAAACAUUGAUCACUGAUAUCAGCAAUUCUGACAUGGCUGUGGUAUGCCUCUACCGAUCCAAUGAGCUGGACGAUUUGCACCCUUUUUCCCAACUGAUUCGUGAGGUAGAGAAGAAGAAGAGGGUGCAUGGAUUUCAGACUACCGACCUUGCCAUGGAAAAUCUGAAUGUUUCCCAUGUCCACGAAUUACUACUGGAACUUUUGAACUAUGAUCACAACGAGUCAUACCCCACCCUACCACUGGCAGAGUUGUGCCACAAACGCACUUUGGGCAAUCCCUUGUAUGCGGUCAGCUUCUUCCGUCAGCUCUUUGACGAAAACAUGCUCAACUUUGAUCUUGGCAAGAAUUGUUGGACCUGGGAUAUUGAGCAGAUUCUCUCACAGACCUUUGCCAUGAAAAAUGUUGUUGAGCUCAUGACUUACGAAAUGGCAAAACUCCCUGCAAUCCUCCAGCGACGGCUCUGCAUAGCGGCUUGCUUAGGGAACUCAUUCCACGAGUCUGUCCUCAAUGCUGUGUUGGAGAAAAUGGAGGAGAAAGAGGAUUCCUCCAUGAUAGCAGCUGAGACGGUCACUGGCCAUAAUGGGGAUGAAGAAAAAAUUACGCUAGAGAACUGGUUGUCCUUCUCCGAAUCCUGUGGGUUUUUGGAGCAGCAGGUCAUAAGUCGAGGGGCCCAAGCAAAAUCGUACCAAUGGAUCCAUGACUCAGUCCGGGAGGGAGCCUUGGCCCUGCUACCACGGGAUACAUUAAGCGAAUUGAAGGGCCAACUGGGUCGGCAGCUCUACAAGAGCCUCUCUGGGGAAGAAUUGGAAUCUGUCACUUUCAUGAUGGCAAACCUCCUUCACGAUGGCCCGGCUACCACAGAUAAGGCAGAGCGAAUUGUGUUUGCCAGGAUCAAUUUAGAGGCAGCACAAAAAGCAACACAUGUCUCUGCAUUUUCAACAGCCGCCCAGUAUGCAACCAGAGGAAUUGACCUGCUUCCAGUAGAGAAGUGGGAGACCCAUGUGGAUCUGACUUUGGAACUCUACACAAUUGCUGCUAUAACCGAAGACAAGGCUGGACUUCGGGAAUCUGUUGAUGCUCGGUACCAAGAAGUUGCCGCAAGGGAUGACAUACCACUAGCCUCAAAGUUGGAGAUUUAUGUUUCCCAAAUUAGAUCGUUGUGCGCAACAACUGACCGAAAUGAUGGCAUUGAACUAACCAUGGCAGUCUUGGAACAACAAGGGAUAAAGUUUCCCAAGACCACUGCGGGGAGAAUGUUUUCUACAAUCAACCUGCUGCUCAAGGUCAAGAAAAAGUGCAGAGAACUCACUGUGACUGAUCUGGCGCAGCUUCCGGAAAUGGAAUAUGCUGACAUUCUCAAAAUGAAGCUCUUGCACCAUCUGGCCAUCUACUGCUACGCUUCGGAACAAUAUGGGAUAAUCAUGCCCCUCGCCGUUCUUACCUCUGCAAGCCUUUCAUUUAAGCAUGGAGUAUCGAUGUUUGCUCCUCCCAACUUGGCAACACUUGGGGUUGUCUUCGCAGGGGUCAUGCAUGACUAUCAGCUUGGUGGCAAAAUGGGAUAUCUUGCCAUGAACUUGCUAGAGCAAAGGAACUUUGGCAGUACAGCCUCAUACACAAUCUUUACAGUGUAUCAGUUCUUGAGGUGCUGGCUGGAUCCGCUCAGCUCCUGUCAACCUCAGUACAUGAGAGGCUAUGAGUGUGGACUUGUCUACGGUGACACAGAGUUCAGUUCAUUCAAUGUUUUUGCCUACAUCACCAGUGGCUUUCAAGCUGGGAGGCCUUUGAACCAGCUUGAAAGUGACUGUCGGAUCUAUGCACCCCAACUUCGCCCCCACAUAGCCCGGUAUUUGUCACCAUACUGGCUGGCCUUUGUGAAACUGAUUGGCUGCGAAGAGCAAACAGAUCCGCUUUUGGGCGACACAGAAGCCACAAUGUCAUUGGAUGAUCUGGCUGAGAGACACAAAGAUAUGGAGGCAUUUGAGCUUUCAGUCGCAGCACUGCAUAGCCGACUUCAUGCCAUCUUUGGAGAUCAUGAAGCAGGAGCAGAACUUGCCAUUGAAAGAGGUGAUGAUUUUGAAAAGAAAAACCCAGCUUUGCACAUUGCCAUGCCCGAAACCUUUGCUCGUGGAGUUUCACUCUAUGCCAUGGCCAUCAAGACAAGGCAUGGAAAGUACAAGCGACAUGCAAGGAAGGUCCACACAACAAUCAAAAAAUGGAGAAAAGCUGGCAAUCCAAAUGUCAUUGGCUAUGAGAAGAUGCUGGAUGCAGAAGAAGCUGUCCUCAAGGGGAAAUUUGAAGCAGCUUGCUCCCUCUAUCAUUCAGCGAAAGUGAUCUCUUCUCGAAGUGGACUUGUCCAGGAGGCGGCUCUAGCUGCAGAGCGCUGUGGAGAGAUGCUUCUUCAGCGCGAUUCUCCAUCAGAUUCAAAGGCAUUGCUGGAAGAGGCAGUGAAGCUUUAUCGCAUUUGGGGGGCAGAUGCCAAGGCUGAGCAGUUGUUCAGCACAGGGACCGCCACGCAUUCCUCGAUCCAACAAUGCUUCAUGCUUCUGUGUGAGCGUGAUGUCAAAACGACGAGUUCGUACCUCAUGCAGCGCCCUCUCUACGCCACAAACGAUGGUGAUGGCACCAUGCAUGCAUGCCAGGCUGUGCCUAUGUUUCUUUGGUCCCAAGCCUCCAAGACAACAGAAACCAGUAAUUAG